GUAGCACCUUUCUCUCUCUAGAAAAUCCUUGAAAACCUUUCUUGGGCCGCUCCUGCCAUCGCCGGCGGCCUCUAAACUCCCUUCUCUUCCUCUUUUCUUUCCCCGUUUUACCCAUUGAAAACCCUCAAACACUCCCUAGAAAUCCAACCCGAACCCAAAUCUUCCCUUCUCUUCCUCUCUACCUACACUAGCACUAAAGCCUCUUUUUUUUUCUGCAUUUUCUUCUUCUCUGUUUUUGUCUUUUUUUCUUUGUUGUUUCUAGUGAUUUUGUGUGUUUUUUAGCUGCUGCUCUAUAGGAUUUUUUUUUUGUAGGGUUUUUCCCCUUUGAUUUUUGUCGUUUGUCCGUUUCUUUUUUUCUUUUGUCUCCGUUUUUCCUAUUUUCAGAUUUCUUCUGAUUUUUGUUUUUGUUCAUUCUUUUUUUCUCUGUUAAUCCGUUUUGGAAACUCUAGUUCCGUUUUGGAAACCCUUGAACCGGUUCUAGAAACCUUAAAACCGGUUCUUUGGAAACACUAAUUUUCGAAAACCCUAAAACCGGGCUUUUUCGAAACCCUAACAGUGGUUCGAACGAAAGGCUUAGGAAGCCCAUUUAGAGCCUGCGUAAAUUGGAUAUUAUGAGCCCAAAAGAGGACUGAAAUUUCAAGAUAUAUCUGUUUUCUUAGAUAAAAAAUCGAAAUUAAAGAAGGAGAGGUGAUAAGUAAUAUAUCCAAUUAUCGAUUGAUUAUCCAAAAAAAGAAAAAAAAAAAAAGUUCCAAUCCUCUUUCAAUAUGAAAGCGCCGGCAUCAGCCUCUUGGAAAGCCCCUCUCAAGUUCAGGAUGCCUACAGCUGAAAAUUUAGUACCCAUUCGGCUGGACAUCGAAGUGGACGGGCAGCGCUAUAAAGACGCCUUUACUUGGAACCCUAAUGAUCCAGAUUCGGAGGUGGUGAUGUUUGCCAGAAGGACCGUGAAGGACUUGAAGCUUGCCCCUGGUUUCAUUCCGCAAAUUGUUCAAUCCAUUCAGUCACAGCUCGCUGACUUUCGAUCUUAUGAAGGCCAAGAUAUGUAUGCCGGUGACAAGAUUGUUCCAAUUAAGCUUGACCUUCGAGUGAAUCAUACUGUUAUCAGGGAUCAAUUUUUAUGGGACUUGAACAACUUUGAAAGUGAUCCAGAGGAAUUUUCUCGAACUCUAUGCAAAGAUUUAGGCAUUGAAGACCCUGAAGUUGGGCCUGCAAUUGCCUAUGCAAUUAGGGAGCAACUUUAUGAGAUUGCAAUUCAAAAUGUAACUUCAGCAAGAGAGAACAGAAUAAGCAAGAAGGGUCGCCGGGGUGCUGAACAUUUCCCUCCCAGUAAAGCAGGUGGUGCUGCACUGGAUUUGAUAAAGUUAUUCAGUUUCAGAUCAAGUGUGGUUCGGAAAAGAAAGGAAUGGGGUUAUUAUAAACCCACUCUCGAUCUUUUAUCAAAUGAGGACGUGGAUGCCCUUGAAGCCAAAGAAGAGAGGAGCGGUCGGUAAAUAAACAUAGUAUAUAGGAUGCUUGUGGGUUUCUUUCUUUCUUUCUAAACAAUAGACAUUUUGGAAGGCAGAUUUUGGUGGUCAUGUAGAUUAUUGCAGCUUAGUUGUAGAGUCAUAUUUCCGUUCUUACUUUAUGUGAGUUUAACCAAGGAUACAACAGUUAGAUUUGUAGUCCACCAAGAUAGAUUUCUGUUAUUUUGUAACAUUACAAAUUCAUUAUAAUGCUUUUGUAAUUUAUCUGUGACUGUAUAAAUGGUAUACCAAAACUGAUAUGUGCAUUACAAACAUUAUCAAAA